AGUUGCUGUAAUGGUGUUUUCAUUAGUGCAAGAAUGGAAACAGAUUAUUUAGGCCUUGUUACUAACUGAAGUGAAAACUGGUAUACAAUAUGGCAGGCAGCAUAUAACGAAUAUUGUUCACUCUUCAACUUCACUCUUUUGCGUCUUGCAGACAGAUUCAGACUGUGCUUCAGACUAGAACUCAAAACCCUGAAUAAAGUAGUGAAGAUAAAUUUUGUACUCAUUACAGUUGGAGUCCUUAACAACCUGAGGUCUGAGUGACUUCCUCCCUUUUCCCAACCUUCUUCAGCAUAUCACUUUUUUCUUCCUGAGGAAGGAGCUAACAGUUAUAAAAGCUAGAUAUUUCCCCUCUCUCUACCACCUCAACCACCACCACCACCACCACCACCCCCCCUUGCUUUUAAAUGUGUCUGUUGGUAGUACUUGGAAUUUUGCCUCCUGAAGGUAAGUGCACCAUUUUGCACACGUGUAAUAUUGCACAGUUUUCUCAAGAGAAUUUUCCAUUUGGUGCUAAUAACUGAAGUGGUGAGUCCCUAGUUUUUGUCAAAUGAGACAUACGGUAUAUUCAUAUGAAAUGCAGCACACUUUUUGAACGAAUGUGAUUUGAAAUGAUGUAACUUGUGUUAUACAAAGGACCACAAAAGGCUAUACAUAAGUGGAAUACAUAAAGCUAAUGAUUCCUGAUUUGUUAAUAGAAUGUGCAGGAUUAGUUUCAGACUAUUUUUUUCUUUCAUGUUGGUGUUUAACUAUACUUACUUUGCACCAUGAAGGCUAUUGUCAGGGAGCCUAUAGAACAUGAAGGUGGGGAGCUGUUGAGUUCAGAAUGAGCAAUAACUGCUUUAAUCAGAACUAUGACAUUACUCUUGGUGCUACAAAGAAGUAUGUAGUCGAAGCACUGAGAGGACACAGAGUAAACAUCAGCUUUCUUCCUCUUCAUUGGUCCCAGUGAUGCUAUUAGUGACACUCCGUUGCAGAGUUUGAUUUAGUCUGUGGUACCAUAUGUAAAUGUAUGUCUUGUCUGUUGCAUGAUGUCACAAGUAUGUAAUUUGACUGACUGAUAUAUAUUAUAUAUGAGAAUUUAGUUGUCACUCGUACCUGAUGAAGCAAGUAAACCAAGAAAUAUUUUGCUCACAUUUCAAAGGGGAUUAUGUAAAUGAAUAAAACUAUUAACUCAUGAAAUGGUGAGUUAUAUGGUAUUAAGGGUGAUGCAGAAAAUCUUUGAGUGUAUAAGCCACAAUGUUCUGUAACUCUUAGACAUUGCUGGCAGAGUACAUUGUGUGACCAGUAGUUUGCUAAGUAAUGCAGUUUGUUUAAGAUAUUUAUAAUACAAUACGUUAAUACAAAGGCUGAAUAGGAAAAAAAAUAUCAAUGCAUUAUGAUCCAGUUUUGUUCUUUGUAAGCAUCAAAUUCUCCUCUGCAUUGAAACAUUUUGAUUUAUGAUUCCUUCUGCCAUGUUGUCUUUGGUUCCUCCAGUUACCAGUGGAUUAAUAAUGCAGUUAGAACAUUCAAAAUGAAUAUGACUUCUACAUUCUUUAUUUAUCUUUUGGUAUUCAGCAAAUAUCACAGUGAAGAUGUGUGCAUUUUCAUUGUUUAUAUUUAUCUGUGAGCACUGAACUGAUAUGGUAAAGAAACUCAUUUCGUAAUUUGUGCAUGAUGACUUAUGAUAUGAUAAUGUAAAAACAACCAGAAAGAAGUUGACACAAUGUGUAAAACCUUUUAAAAGCCCACCGCCCUAAAAAUAGUUAUAUUCAUCUGAGUGUCAUACUACAUGUACACUAGUAAUGCUGUUUCCUUUGCAGGUGUGAGUCCACAGCUGCUUGAUGGAGAUUCUGUACUGUUUAGGGGAAUUUCCCAGUGGUCCCCAGUUGUGAAAGCCAGAAGCUUUGCUUGUGCCCGCUGUCACAAUGCUUAUACUCGCCGAGACAACCUGAUGCGUCACAUCCGAUUUGAAUGCGGUGUAGAACCACAGUUUGAAUGUCCCAUAUGCUACAAAAAAAUGAAGCACAAAUUUUCAAUGAUUAAACACAUGAAAAACCAUAACAGGAUUAGAAAUUUACAGCAAGUGUGAAUCCACAGUUGUUGGAAGGAGACUCUGUAUUGUUUCAAGGAAUUUCGCAAUGGUAUCCAGAUGUAAAAGCCAGAAGUUUUACUUGUGCUCGUUGUCACAAUGCCUAUACCCGCCGACACAACCUGAUGCGUCACAUUCGAUUUGAAUGUGGUGUAGAACCACAAUUUGAGUGUCCUGUAUGCCACAUAAAAAUGAAACACAAAUUUUCUUUGAUUAAACACAUGAAAAAGCAUAACAGGAUUGACAAUUUACAGCAAGUAAAUUUUUUGUGAGAGAUGAACCAGUUUUUUUUUGUAAUAUAUUAUGCUAUUGUAUAUUUUACUGGCUAUUUACCAAUAAACUGUAAUUAAAACUGAUACAGUUAUUUAAUUUAAAUAACAAAACCACCUCUGGUUCUAGUGGCGUUUACUUAUCUCAACUAACACAAAACUCAUGAGAGCUGUUAGCUGUAAUGAUGGUGUAUUGAGGAAGGUUUGCA